AGAUUUCUUGAUAAAGCAUUUAAUAUAUCUGACAAAUAUAUACAUAGGCAUAAUUUCCGGUCAUAUUUGGAAAAAAAUAUGAAAUUCUAUAUAAUUGCAACUUUAUUUUUCUUUAUAACUGGGACCACCACCGAAAAUAUCAAAGGAUCAGUGGCAUUUAAUAAAAAUACCUUAGAGAAGAUUGUUCCAAAAUUCAAAGCGGUCUUAAUUAAGUUCGAUGAGUCUUACCCCUAUGGGGAAAAGCAAGAUGUGUUCAAAAAAGUAACAGAGGCGUGUCUUUCGCAAUUAGAAAUACUUACUGGCGAAGUUCAUAUAAGUGAUUAUGGCGAGAAAGACAAUGCUGAUUUAGGGGAAAUUUAUUCCGUGAAAAAAGAAGAUUUUCCAGUUUAUAAACUAUUCUUAAACGGCAAUAUCCAUGAUCCUUUAACAUAUACUGGUAAUACAAAAAGUGUUGAAGGAAUCAAGCAGUUUAUGGUUGAAAAUUCCGGCUUAUGGUUUGGAUUACCAGGAUGUUUGGAAAAAUAUGAUAAAAUUAUUUUAGAUUUUUUCACAUCUGAUCGUUCAAUAGUCUUAAAUCAAGCAAGAGAGAUUAAAAAAGAAUUGUCAAAAGAAGAAAAGGUUUCUGCUGCCUUUUACAUAAAAAUAAUGGAGAAAAUUAUAGAAAAGGGUGAUGAGUUUAUUGAAAUAGAAUUAAAGAGAUUGAAGAAACUGAGUGAGGGAAAGCUUUCAGAGGCAAAAAAGCAACAACUAGAAAAUCGUGUUUCCAUUCUUACCUCGUUCAAAUUAAACAAGCCAAAGGAGAAGGUCGAAUUGUAA